UCCACUCCGUUUAUGUCAGAUUAAUACAUUAUUGUCGUUAAUACGUUGUGCACGUGCUAAGAGCCAAACCAAAACAUUAAAAAAUAAUUACUCUCUGUAAUAUUGUUUUCCAAAGUUCCAGCCAUGGCCAUGCAUAAUAUCUUCACAGAUUUCUUUGUUUUUUCCUUCUUUGCCAUGUCAACCAGUUUUUCUCUAUGUAAGAGCCUCACUUUCACUUACCUGCUCAGCUCACAUCACUCUCUUUAACAUGAAGACACUUUCUUUCUUUCCGCCCUUCUUCCUAUUACUCAUUAUCCAUUCAGUUGCUCAUACAGUUGAGCUCAAUGGAUACUACUCACAUCCUGAUGAUACUGUCCACUUCGACACCGGCGGCCUCAGCAGAGACGCCUUCCCCGAAGGCUUCAUCUUCGGAACCGCCACCUCUGCUUAUCAAGUAGAAGGCAUGGCUGAUAAGGAUGGACGUGGCCCCAGCAUCUGGGAUGUUUUUGUUCAAAAACCCGGUAUUGUGGCCAAUAAUGGAACCGGUGAGAUAGCGGUGGACCAGUAUCACCGUUACAAAGAGGAUGUUGAUAUCAUGGCAAAUCUGAAUUUUGAUGCAUACCGGUUUUCGAUUUCAUGGUCCAGAAUUUUCCCAGAUGGAGCAGGGAAAGUUAAUUGGAAGGGAGUUGCAUACUACAAUAGGUUGAUUAACUACUUGCUCGAAAAAGGCAUUACUCCAUAUGCAAAUCUUUAUCACUAUGAUCUUCCAGAAACACUUGAGAAGAAGUACAAUGGAUUGUUGAGUGAGAAAGUGGUGAAAGAUUUUGCUGAUUAUGCGGAUUUUUGCUUCAAGACGUUUGGAGACAGAGUAAAGAACUGGAUGACAUUUAAUGAGCCUAGAGUGGUGGCUGCUCUUGGUUAUGACAAUGGCUUCUUUGCUCCUGGGAGGUGCUCCAAAGCUUUUGGCAAUUGCACGGUUGGAAAUUCUGCAACAGAGCCUUAUGUUGUUGCCCAUAAUCUGAUUUUAUCCCAUGGAGCUGCAGUUCAGAGAUACCGCGAAAAGUAUCAGAAAAAGCAAAAGGGAAGGAUUGGAAUUCUCUUGGAUUUUGUGUGGUAUGAGCCUCUUACAAGAUCAAAGGCAGACAAUUAUGCAGCUCAAAGAGCAAGAGAUUUUCAUGUUGGAUGGUUUAUACAUCCUCUUACUUAUGGUGAGUACCCAGAAACAAUGCAAAAUAUAGUUGGCAAAAGGCUACCCAAGUUCACAAAAGAAGAAUCAAUAGAUUUUGUGAGCAUUAACCAGUACACUACAUACUACAUGUAUGAUCCACACCUAACAAAAUCAAAGAACUUGGGCUAUCAGCUAGACUGGAACGCGGGAUUUGCUUAUGCAAAACAUGGCGUACCAAUUGGUCCAAGAGCAAAUUCUUAUUGGCUCUACAAUGUACCUUGGGGUUUGUACAAGGCCUUGAUGUACAUAAAAGAGCACUACAAGAACCCUACUGUCAUUUUGUCUGAAAAUGGCAUGGAUGAUCCAGGAAAUGUCACUCUUAAGCAGGGAUUACAUGAUACCACAAGGAUCAACUUUUACAAGGGAUAUUUGACUCAACUGAAGAAGGCUGUUGAUGAUGGAGCAAAUGUUGUUGGCUACUUUGCUUGGUCGUUGCUUGACAAUUUUGAAUGGAGAUUAGGCUACACUGCAAGGUUUGGCAUUGUCUAUGUUGACUACAACAAUCUGAAGAGGUAUCCAAAGAUGUCGGCCUAUUGGUUUAAGCAACUACUUAAACGAAACAAGCAUUAAAUAGCUUGAAUACUUUCAUGUUUCAGUUGUUCCAGUGGUGACAUUAAAACUCCAUGACCCCUAAGUCAAAUUAAUAAAUCUCCUAGGUAAUUGGAUAAUCAUUUAUGGUUA